ACUCAUGUUUUCAUAACUUUAUUCCAGGCAAUUUCUUGGAGGCAUAUACAUCUGCUGCUCUAUAAAGCCAAACUUUCUUGAAAUUCAUCAACAUAUAUGCUCGUCUCCGAUCAUAUUUUCUGUUGAUCAGCAUAAUCUUCUUCCAUAGAUAAAGUUAUCAACUAUAUAUAUAUAUAUAUAUAUAGUUGAACUGUUCUUUUUGAACAGUCACAAAUGGAGCAUAAAGAAGAGAAUGGUGAUGAGUUUUUGGACAUCACCCUCCGGCUUUUGGACCUCUCUGAUGUUGAUGAUUUCAUGGUAUGGGCUACAGAUGAUCAAGUGAGCAGAUUUUGCUCUUGGGAGACUUACACUUCUAAAGAAGCCGCCGUGGAACAUAUUGUUGAUACCAUUAUCCCCCACCCAUGGUACAGAGCAAUAUGCCUAAAUGACCGCGCAAUUGGUACUAUUUCAGUGACACCAAAUAAGGGUGCUGAUAUUUGCAGAGCUGAGAUUGGAUAUGUUCUGAGCUCCAAGUUUUGGGGAAAAGGAAUCGCGACACUAGCAGUGAAAAUGGUGGCCUCCACUAUAUUUGUGGAGUGGCCACAUUUAGAGAGACUUGAAGCUCUGGUGGAUGUGGAUAACCCGGGCUCACAGAGGGUGUUGGAGAAGGCUGGGUUCCAGAGGGAAGGUGUUCUGAGGAAGUAUUUUUUGCAUAAGGGGAAGCCAACAGACAUGGUGAUCUUUAGCCUUCUCGCUACAGAUCCCCAAGUUAAUUAUUUUAUGUGAACUUAAAUUUGUGUUUCUUGAAAUAGUGUGGGUGGAUUCUUAAUAAGAAUACUUAUAAAAGUUCAAUUUCUAUGUA